AUGCCUCCACCAUCAACUUCUCCUGAUGAAGAUUCUUUUCUUUCGUCACUGAUUAAUUUGUGUUCUGAUGGCAAAUCCCACACAACGUCAACAGUACCCAUCCAGUCCGAGUUCAAGCGCUAUGCCAUCCUUGCACAGGGUGCCAAGGACCCAAAUGCCUUGAGCAUGCCUCUUAUAUGGUGGAAGAAGCUGGCAAUGACUGCAAGGCAGCAGAAGGACUCCCAUGCCUUAGGAAUUUUGGCUUUGAGCUUGAAUUUGCUGGUCACUAGUCUCCCUGCUGAGGUCAGUACAUCAUGUAUUGCAGCAAUUGAUGAGGCAGGCUUGCCUUCUACGAUAAUCAAAGGCAAUGACUCUGACUCCGGGUAUACCCUGGACUUAUCUAAUGGUCCUCUCUACUUUUCGACAGCAGAGCGGGUUCCCUCUGAGGGAUACAUAUCACAAAACUACGAGGUCCCCAUCCACACAGAUCAACUCUAUGCCUCAUAUGCAAUGAACUGGGUUACUCUCCAUAGUAUUGUGGAUCCUGAGCAGUGCCAGCUUCAUGGUGAUUGUAGCUCUGGUGGGAAUGAUGUUGAUGUCUCACUUCAAGUGGUGGUGAAAUGUGCCACUGACACAGUCAUGAGCAUGCAACCAAAGUUCAAGCAUGGUACAACCCUUGCUCAAGAGGGUGUCUGCAGACAAGGAACUGCGAUUAAUUUUUCAAGGCAUAUCAAAAAUACAUUUGACAAGGCAAUUGCAAUCGAAGGUGAUGUAAAGGCAAUGGUGACUCAACUUGUAGAGGAGAAAAAUGUUAGCAUUCAACUUCAACACCAUAAUUAG